AUGGACAUCGAGUCCUCGUCUCAGAACUCCAAUGAGGAAACGCUUGAUGAUCAAACCUCAAUACACUCGAUUGAGACCUCCUCAACAAAGUUAACCAUAAUCAAAGAUUCGAUCGAGAUAUUCGAGGAACAACUCAAAAACAACUGGACUCGUCAAAAAAUCCCCAAAGGCAUGAAGAAAAAAUUUCAACAAACACGCGUCGCUCAAAAAACAGCAACAUCACGAAUCUUCUUCGACAAUGGAGGAUUUAAAGCUUGGUUUACAUAUUUUCUUGCGACGGAGGGAAAAGCCCACUUCAAAGGGCGACGUAAUAGAUCUGACACCAUUGCUGCAUUCCAGCAACUCCCGUUGGCAGAUCAAGCAAAUGUCGCGAGAAAAGUGGCCAGCAAACGGCCGCAUCCCAGCGUCAGCAAUGCCAUUCGCAACAUAUCCGAGAACUUUGAAGAUGCUGGGGUUUUGGAGGCUCGAUUGAAUGAAGUUCGGCAACAUUCCUCGCCCGCCGAAAGCUUGAUAGGUGCCAUUGUGUCCUCUCGGAAUGUGAUGUCAGGCAUCGCUGAGAGAUCACUGGAAUCUGGAACUUCACAACAUCUGGUGCUCGAAGAAGCGUCAUUACUAGGGGUCGCCGAGGUUUUCGACCAGUACGUCUACUUUGGAAAACGCCUUUGA